CGUCUUUCGUCUUUGCCCAUCUGGACACAGAAACAGACAUGCUUGACAAGAACGAGGCCAUCGGCGUCCGCACCGCAGUGCUCGACCGCAUCCGCCAGUCGGCGCGCGAGGACAUUGGCUCUGGCCGCGUCGCCCACAAGGUCGGAAUCGUGACCGGCGUCGGCCCCGCCUCCGGCAUCGGGACGUACGCGUCGCGCCUCUUUGCGCGUGAGGGUGCGCGUGCUCUCUACCUCCUGGAUCUGUCUGACGCGCUGCCGGACUUUGCGUCGGACCUCCAGAAGACGUUCCCGUCGACCAAGGUGACGUGUGUGCGCGGCGACGCGGCCGACGAGGCGACCGUCAAGGGCAUCGUCGAGCGCGCCGUCAAGGAGCAGGGCAAGCUCGACUUCUACUUUGCCAACGCGGGAAUUUCGAACGUCCGCCCGAAGGAGUGGGGCAAGUUCGACCCCACCUCGCGCGAGAGCCAGGCGCAGGCGCUCGCCCACGGCGGGCGGCGCGUUGACGAGAUCGCCGUCAGCGAGUUCAUGGAGAUUCAGCGCGUCAACGUCCUCAGCGGCUUCCUUGCGCUCAAGUACGCUGCGCCGGCCAUGCAGGCUGCCGCGCCCAGUGUCGGCAAGCGCAUCCCUGGCGGCUCGAUCGUGUUGACCGCCUCGGUCGCGGGCCGCCUCGCGAACGCCGGCUCGCUCCCGUACUCGGCCUCCAAGGCCGCCGUCGUCAGCAUGGCCCAGACGGGCGCGUACGAGUACGCCGGGUACAACAUCCGCGUCAACGCCAUCUGCCCCGGUCUGAUCCAGACGGACAUGACUGCGGCCGUGUUCGCGGUCGCGCGCUCAAACAACAACGAGGGCGCCACGGGCCAGAUCAACCCCCUCCUCCGCCACGGCUUGCCCGUCGAGAUCGCGCAUCCCGCGCUCUGGCUUGUCUCGGACGACGCAAGCUACGUCAACGGCCAGCCGAUUCCCGUCGACGGCGGCCUUACCGCCUCCAUGCCGUACCAGCGCAAGCUGACCAAGCGGCCUGCCAAGCUCUAAGUGUAGUAUAAGGGAGGAGGGAUCUUGGGCAUGCAGUCA